CUCCUCUGUUUGAGCGUCUUCAUCUCGUAAAUGCCCAGUUUGUGGCAACAAACAAAUGUUUUGUUAAUGAGGAAGAGCUCAUAAUGAGCCAGAGAUGAGAUGUAACGUUCAGGUGUCGUCUGGGGAAAUCAGAUCGUGCUCGUAAAAUUAAAAACGUUCGACAGCAGAUCCGAACAGGUGGACGUAAUGAGGCUCCACACUCGUCUGCACAGCCUUUCAGCGUUCGAUCAACAGAUUCCGGAACAGCGCACGAGGCCGUCCGCGCUGCUCAGACUCGCUCGCGGCUUCUCUGUGCGUGGACGCAGCUUGAAGUUGCGGGUUUCUCGGUGACUCCCGAAAGUGCUGAUCUUAAAAACACGCUCGCGCUCCUUCGCCGAGCGUCGGCUGCUAAUUGGCAUGACGCUCCGUUAGGGGCAGCUUUUAUUAGCCGGAGUAGCUGAUGCGGACGAGGUUAUUUCUGGAGCUGCCUGUCAAAGCGCAUCGCGCUCUGAGUGUGAGACGCGGCCGCGGGGAGACACGCGCCGAGCUCCGCCGCCUCACUUUUACGCCUCCGACAGCGCGGGACACUCAGACUCCGAGUCAGACGCCGGGUUCGACACCUGGCUGCGGGUCUGUUCGUUUCUGUGUCCACAGUUCAACCUGUUCCCUGUAAGACGCGUCAGAGGGCACAAAUACCCACGGAUACAGCGUUUACUCGCGUACAGGACUGUGUCCACCUCUGUUUCUGUCUAGGUUGGAUUUAUGUUGAGAUGAAUAGGUUGUUGGUUAUUUAUGCCAUCUCGUGGUUCUAAUCACGUCCCUUGGUUUCACAGUUGGUUCUAUGAGCUUUUACAUUUGUAUUCACACAUUUGCAGACGUGUUUGUUUCCACAUGGCCGCUCUUAUUGUGAAAAGAAAAGAUGAUGGAGUCCAUGUUGAUAUGUUUUGUCCAGUUUGCAUCAUCAUCAUUGAUUUAACUCUGAGUUAAUUUCUACUCAUGCAAUGAAUGAAAAGUGUGUGAAUGUGUCCUUUUCACAUUGUGCGUGAGACAAACACGUGAUGCUGCGUUCAAAGUCUGGCGUUUGAUGGAAGCAGGAGCUGCUCAGGUGAAUCCGAGGCGUUGAUGCCUCCUGGCUGUCGUUCGCCCAAACAUCAGACAUGUUUAAGCACAAGUGGAAAAGGCGCAGUGAGUGAUGGAUAGAUUGGGGGGUAACGCAGAAAGCCUCCCAGCCUGCUCUAUAAUUAGCGACUCUUCCUCGAUUCGUUUGGGGAUAAACGUUUUGUUCAGGAGCAAACAAGCACAUGCCUGCGUCCAUGAAUUCUUAUUAGAACGAACGUGUUUGCUUUUAAAAAACGAGCACGACACAGGCUGCACUCACACGCCUCCAUCCGACAGUCCAGUGGAGCCACGAGGUGUGACCUCCGCUGACCUGUGCCGGACCGACCCGCUCCAGUCCCCCGUGAAGCGAUGAGCGCCCCGACCACCGGGAGUCCCACGGUGGAGGCGAAGGUGGAGAUGGCGCUGCUCAGCAACAUGCUGGCCGCCUACACCUUCAUCGCCGGUGAGGCCAACCGACCCGAGCGCACGGCGCUGGUGUUCCUCGGCAGCGUGUGCGUCGGCCUCCUGGUCACGCUGGCCGCCAUCGUCUUCCAGAUUCACUGCCGCGCGGACUGCCACUACGGCAACACGGACAAGCCCGGCCGUCGCCAUGGCAACCGGCAGCAUCCCCGCCGCCCGCGCGGCUGCCCCCACCACGGGCCCGGCGACGGCAACCCGGGCGGCGCCGCGGCCGCGGCCGCCGCGGGCGCCGCGCCCGGAGGAGGGGACAGCGACGCGGAGGAGUGGGACGAGACGUCGGACCUGUCGGCGCGGCGGCGCCGGCGCUUCGAGAGGGCUCUGCUGCACGCCACCAUGUUCACCUCCGCCGAGGAGCUGGACCGCGCCCAGCGGCUGGAGGAGCGGGAGCGGGUCCUCAGGGAGAUCUGGAUGAACGGGCAGCCCGACAUCAGCACGGUCACACAAAGCCUCAACAGAUAUUACUGACACACAGGCGACGGGGGCGGGAGGCGGUGCAGCAGCUGGAAUCAGACGGGGUGUUAUUGUGGCGUUUGGAGCCUUUUUGUAACAGCGACAGUGGGAAGGAGCGGCCUCACGCCUGGAUGGACGUACAACACUGGUGCUUUUACUGCUGCAGUUUUUCAUCCGUAAAUAAACUGGAGGGACCGCGGCCCCCGAGGAGUCGCCCGGCGGCCCCUCACCCGAAGGUGCUUCAACAGGACGGCAGGCAGACCACAUAGUGUUCCUUUCCUUUGUUUGGUCCCUGUGGAUGAAGAGCUAAAUAAAAUCAGUGAGUUUUUUUUUUUAUGAACUUCGUCUUGUGUGUGUUGUUGGGUCAAACCGAACAGAAGCGGUAACACACGUGAUGUGUGGAGACUUUUGUUUGUAUUUAACUGGAGUUUUCCAUUUCAUGUUACUGUCACUUUUACCCCAGGACAUUUACCACUAAAUAUGUUUACAGCACAGUUAUUUUUUUUACUUUUAAAGUCUAUAAAACCUUGAAAGAAAUGCUGAUGUAUCAUUUACUGAUUAAUACUCACAAUUAACAGUUCACAAUUCUGAUUUCACAGUCAAAUUUAAGAUUUUAUAGCAAAACACUAAACUACUCUUUAACUGAACAAUUUUUAUAUCUGUCCCAAUCCAUUUGUACAUUUGUCGGAAUCAGAAAACAAAAGCU